GUCCGCCGGCUGGACAUCAUCCUCGCCCCGACGGAUAUUUAUGCCCAUGCCGUCAUCGGCUGGUCCGGGAGCACGGGCUUCCAGCGGUCGCUGGCCGAGUACGCCAAGAAGGCUCACGAGGGCAAUUGGAAGCACGUGCCCGAUCAAAAACCGAUUGUGGGUCGCGCGGGCUGGGAGCUCUCGCCGACGGGCGAGAAGGUGCGGCGGGUGGAAGGGCGCGAGCUGGGUCCCGGCGAGCACUGGGCCUGGGGCAAGCACGGCAUCUACAUCGCGGAGGGGUCGCGGCACGACGAGCGCACGGACGUCUACGUCGAGGACAACGCGUCGCUGCGCACGGAGAAGGACGUGUUCGAGUUCUUCCACCUCGAGUACUUGGAGCCGCGGGAGCGGGAGUGCUGAGAGGUGGCGUCGCGGGAGCGGGAGUGCUGAGAGGUGGCGUCGCGGGAGCGGGAGUGCUGAGAGGUGGCGACUAAGCACUGUGUGUUAAACUUUCUAGUAUCUUACAGGUCGCUAGUUGAUUAGGUUUUUCAUAAAAGCGGCUGUGCCUUCACACCUCGUGCCCGCUUUGGCUGCACGAAUUGGCAGGUUGUGACAUCGCUGCUCGCGCUCUCGCAACAGUGUGGCUGCUCAAAUUUACGCAGCGGCGCUCACGUUGCAAGCUCUCCAGGAUAUAGGUCAUUUGGCCCCACUGUGUGAGCCGCGUCCGCGGGCAAUCACAGCUGAUCACAGGUAGCAUCAUGCCCUCACCUCGGGGAGGCCGCGGCGCUGGCGGCUUCAGAGUCGUCGCUGGCGGCAAGGGCGGCGACGCUGUGAAUGGUGGUCGCGGCGGAAGAGGCCGCGGGCGCGGCAAGGGUGGCAAGGGCGGCGCCACGGGCGGCGACUGGACGUGUCGCCGCUGCGAGACGUCCGGCAACUUUGCCUCGCGCCGAGAGUGCCACCGCUGCGGCGCGCCGCGGGGCGCCACGCCGUCGAAGAGCGCCGUGGCCCGUGCGGACCCGAAGGUCGUGUCAAAACACGCCAAGACGCUGCGGAAGCGCUUGUGCGAGAAGGGCGAGGCCGUGCGCCUACUCGAGCUGCUGGACCAGACGUGCCUCGCGCUCGGCGUGCGGUACCUGGACGAACUCGGGCUGCGCAUCCAGGACGUCGACGAGCUGCGGGCGUUGCGACACCUCGAGGGCCUCGUCGAGCUGCAGAUCUCUGCCUUCGUCGAGUCGCGCUUCGUCGCGACGUUGUUCGAUCUCGAGGCCGAGCUCGUGUCGGUCCACGGCCUGCGGGAGAGCUUCGACGAGCUGCGGCUCGGACCGCUCCUGCAGCAACCGCUCGUCGGGUCCAAGUUUCUCCCGGACCCGGCGCUGCGCACGAUUCCCCAGCUCAGCCUCGGCGACGUCCUGAAGGGCCUCCACAGAUAUAGGACCGAAACGAAAAAUUUCAAGAACGUCGAACUUGUGGCGUUCCUGAACUGGCUCGCCGCGAAGCGCGGCGCGUCCUCGCCCCGCUCGCUCUGCGUCGCGGUGAACAAGUACGCGAUUGGCAGCAUGAUUAAGUUCUCGGGCAAGGCCGGGCGCGACGCGAAGGCCGCGCGCGAGAAGGCCAUGCGGGAGCUCGUAAACGAGAGCAAAGCCGAAUAUAAGGCCGAGCUCAAAACCCAGGAGGCCGCGGGCAAGGGCGCGGUCCGCACGGCCGCGGUGCUCUCGACGGCGGCGCGGGAUCUCGCCGCCGACGCCGCGGGCUGGGCGGCGACGGACCGCUUCGACGUUGUGGCGGCGAACCUCGCCGGAGACGUCGUCGAGGCGGUCCGUCGCCGCCCGCGGAAAUACGCGAAACACGCCGCCGCGGUCGCGGAGCUCGCCGCGUGCUACGCGCUCACGCUCGUGGGCAGCGGCGUCGACGUCGAGGCCUCGCGCCGGACUAUCGAGGAGGCGCGCGGUCUCUCGGACGAGGACUUGUCGCGCGAGCUGAGCCUCGCCCUCGACAGCGGCGACGACGACCACCCGUCCGUCGUGGCGGCGCUGGCCGCCGCGGAGGCGGCGCUCGUCGAGCGGCUCCAGGUGCCGUCGAUCGACGCCCUCCGCCGCGGCAGCUUCCUGGCCUUCGCGGCCCGCGCGCCCGACGCGGCGGAUCUUCUCGCGCGGACGGUGUGCAAGCGCUUCGCCGGCAAAGCCGACGCGGGCGACGAGGAAGACAAGGAGGCAGGCGACGGCGCCGCCGCGCUCGCGGCGCUCGCCGACGCGUGCGAGGAAGUCCUCGCCGCGGCGCCAGACUCUCCGCUCCAGGCCCUCGCCGCGCUCGAAGCAGCUUUAACAGCGCGCGCGGGCGCCGACGCGUUCGCUGGCGGCUCCUUCGCCGCCUGGCUGGCGGCGGCGGCCGACGAGGACGAGGGCGUCCGGGCCCUUGUCGGAGGCGGCGGCGGCGGACCCGCGCCUCCACGGUUUGCGGAGCGCGUAGCGACGGCCGCCGCUACGCUCGGCCCCGACGUGCUGGCCGGCGACGGCGCGCGGGCGGCGCUCGCGGCGCGGGCCGGCGUGGCCGACUUGGCGGCUCUCGGCUGCGGGGUCGACGUCGCCGCGUUCGCCGCGCGGUGCGCUUCCAACGCGCGGCCCGAGGUCCGCGAGCACGUCGUCGACUAUGUCGCGCCUGGCACGCCGCGCGCCUCAGCGACGGCGUCGGCCGGCGACCGCCUCGCCCGCGCCGUGGCCUCGGCCCCGGACCUCGAAGAUCUCUCAGCGCGGCUCCGCUGGCGCGCGGCGGGGCACGAGCGCCGCCACGGUGAUCUCGCUGAUUUCUGCGCGACGUGCGGCGUCUCGGUGGUCGUCACGGACGGCUCUGUGCACAAGCUGCGGUCCGACGCGUCAUUCGAGGAGCUCGGCGCGGCGGCGGUGGCCGGCGACGCGUCCACCGCGACGGCGCACGCGGUGACGCUCAUGGCGCGCGGCGACGCGGCUCCGGAGCUCCUGCGCGCGUGCUUCGGCGAGGCCCUGUUGCGCCUCGGCGCCGAGGGGGCCGACGUCCCGGCAUUUGUGUGCCAGUCUUUGCUACGAACGCCGGGUCCGCUCCGGCCAUCCGUCGCCGACGCCCUCGUGCCAGCCCUCGAGGCUCAACGCGGCAGCACGAAGCGGACGGAGGCGGAUCUUCUCGCGGCGGCGGGAGAUGCGGUCGGCGCGCUGCACGAUCUCGCCGUGCGCGCGGAGGACAUCGACGGCUCGCGGACCUACCCUUUGCUUCUUGAGGACUACUGGAAAAUAGUCGAUUCACCGCCCAAGCGAGCGAAGGCGCCGCCAGUAGCUGUCGCUCCAAUUGCCAAGGCACCGACGGUGGACACCGACGCCGGCGCAACGACUGCCGAGGCGGUCGCUACAGAAACAGAGGACGUCGAGAACGACGCGCGCGCCGCGAACGACGCCGAUGCACCGUCGCUCCCCGCCGACGACGUCGCGGCCGCCGCCCCAGUCGCCGACGAAGGUGACGAAGCCCCGGCCGCCGUCCUGGCGGACAUCCGUAAGGGCUUUGGCCUCGACACCGUCGAUGCGAGCAUCGACGUGUCGCAGAGCCUCCAGCUGCAGGCGCUCGACAACGCGCUGAAGGUGAUCGCGCGCGACAUUUAUAGCAAGGACUCGCAUUUCUUACUCGAACUCCUGCAAAACGCGGACGACAACGACUAUCCCUCGAACGCGACGCCGACGAUCGUCUUUGACGCCUCGCCGGACUCCAUCGUCGUGCGGAACAACGAAACCGGUUUCAGAGAACGGCAUGUGAGAGCGCUCUGCCACGUCGGCGCGAGCAGCAAGGGCGUGGGCGGCAGCGGAUACAUCGGUCAGAAGGGCAUCGGCUUCAAGAGCGUCUUCCGCGUGUCGGACCGGCCCGAGAUCCACUCGCGCGGCUACGCAUUCUCGCUCGACCAGCACAUGGUCGUGCCGCGGCCGUGCGUCGACGCCUCACCGGCGUGUCGAACGUGGCUCGCCGCGGCCGGGCUAAAAAAAGUGCCAGCACAGGGGACGACGAUUCUGCUGCCGCUCACGGAAGAGUUCCGGGGCGAGGCUAAACGGGCGGAGCUAGCAGAAAAGAUCGGCGAGAUCGACCCGUUGCUGCUCCUCUUCUUGAACCGCGUCCGGCGCAUCGAUGUGGUCGAACGGUCGGGUGAUGAAGAGGAUGCCGCGACAACGCGGUCGAUGCGGCGCCAGGACGUGGCUUCGGGGACGGCAUCCGUCGUGACCCUGACGGACGCAGUCGGCGGCGGCGAGACCACGACGACGUGGCUGGUGGUCAAGCGCGAGGUCGAGACGGUGUCCUGGGCGCGGCGCGGCGACGCGGCGAAGACGGUGCUCGCCGCGGCCUUCGACGCGGGCGCCGCGCGCCGCGCCGACGACGAGCCGCUCCCGGUCUUUGCCUUUCUGCCGAUAGCACCGGCAAACCUCGCCUUCGUGCUGCACGCUGACUGGAUCCUGGCCUCGAGCCGAGAGACUGUACGCGAGGACUCGGCCUGGAACCAGUGGCUCCGGUCCGAGGCUGCAUCGCUCUACGUCGACGCCUUGCGCGCGGUGCAAGCUGGCGCGGGACAAGCGCUCGACGGCUUCGGCGUCGCGCGGGUGCUCGACGCGCUGCCCGUCGAGCAUGAGGUCGUCGGCUUCUUCCGGCCGCUCGCUGCGGACAUCGCACGGCGGGUCCGAGGCGUCCCCUGCGUCCUCGCGGCGGAUGGGUCCUGGGUGUUGCCGUCGAAGGCGCUCGCCGUGCCGGAGCGCCUGCGCAUCGACCCGUCGUCACAACUCGCGGCCGAGUUCGCGCGCCUUGACCUGUGGCCCCUCGACGCGGGCUUCCAGCUCCGGUUGCGGCCGCAGACGCUGGCCGCGCUCGGCGUCGAGGAGCUCGAUGCGGCGCACGCGCUGAAGCUCGGCAAGGCUCUGGCAGCUGCCGGCCGUCUCACGCCGGCUCUCUUCCGCCAGUGGGCCGUGCUCCUGUAUCGCGCGGCGGGCAAGCGCGGCGGCCUCUCGCGCGCCUCGAAGGCCGAGCUACAGGGCCUAUCGGUGAUUCCGCUCGCGGGUGGAGGCCUCGGGUGCGUCGACGACGCGCCGAUCUACGUGUUCCAGCAGAGCGACCAGAAGGCGGCGACGCUCGACUGCUUCGAUACUGUUAAGGAGAAAUUGCGCAUCGUCGACGCGUCGUUGCUCGCCGCGGCGCCCGCGCGGCCGAUGGUGCUGAGCGUGUUACGCGACGCGGGCGUCGUCGAUGCCUCCCCGGAUACUGUCGUCACUCAGCACGUGAUUCCGGCGCUCGUGGAGGGCGGUUGUGAUCGGAGCACUGUCAUAGCCUACUGGCGGUUAAUAAGAGCGCUGCUCGCCAAGGGCGAGGGCCGACGAGGUCUCCAGGCCAAGGUAGAGCGCGGCAAAAGGGAGGAAAUCAUCAAGCGCCUACACGAUGCCGCCGUACCCGUCUGCGUGCGGGCCGCCGACGGCAAGAAGGGAUUCGAGAGCCGUGGCGUCGCGUUUCCGCGCGACGCCGACGUAUUCCUCGCGCGAGAGCACGGCGCGUCUAGCGAUGCUUUAGCGGAGCUUGGUACGCUGGCACGACGCCUCGGGUGGAGCUACGCCGCCAUCGGCGAGCUCGCGGGACCGACUUCUGGACGCCCCCAAGCCUGGGUCGAGCUCCUCCGGGACGUCGGCUGCGUGGAAGGCCCGAAGCCUCGGCCUCGCGUGGUCCCGCGCGACGCCUGGCCCGAGACCUGGGCCGCCGCCGCCGCGAAGGCGGGCCUCAGUUCCGAGGCCGCGCUCGAGGCGAGGGAUUUGCACAGCGAGACGCUGAAAAGCCUACUGGAGGAGCUGUCGCGCGACGAGCGGCCAAAACAGUGGGUUAUUGCCGCGCUGUGUGAAGUGGCGACGACGUGCGCCAUGGCCGCGGCGUCCACGGCGACGAUCGCGCGCGUCGGCGCCGCAGUGCCAAAAGGCGGCGCUUUGGUGCCCAGUCAGGUACACGUCGGAACGACUGCUACUGUACUGAGUUCGCUGGCCAUGCUUCUCUCGGAGACUGCUUGGCUGCCCGGCGGGGGGACGUCGGGCGCCGUCCGCCUCUUCCGACCUCGAGACCUUUAUUCCCCCCUCAAUAACGACGCGGAGAGGUACGGCGGCGGCUUCGCUCCCAUGCCUACGCCGAACCUGCGAAAGGUGCUGCGCGACAACGCGACCGCGUAUCAGCGGCUGGGCCUGCGUAAGACGUUCGGCGCCAACGACGCGCUCGCGCUGCUGGAAACCUGGGCCGCGGAAGGCGGAGCCUUCGAGACGUCUGUGGCGCACAUGGAGUCGCUCUAUCGCUUGCUGGCGAGCGAGCUUGUCGGCGCGCACGGCGAUGCUGUCCGAGCGUUCUUCGCCGCGAAGGACCGGCCGUGCGUCUGGGUGCCCGACUACCGCUACGAGGCCGCCACCGUGCCCCGCGACCGCUACGACGGUUCGUUCCGCGACGAAGACGGCAAGCUGAAGCGCGUGCCGGGCCGCUUCUACGCGCUCGACGCCUGUGUCUGGGCCGACCAUAGCCGGGUUCUGGACUCCUGCGUCCACCGCGGCGUCGAGGCGCCGCGCGUGCUCCAGCGGCACUACGCCACCCUGCAGCGCUUCUGGUGCCGCAUGUUCUGCUCCGCCUGCUUUGCUGGGCGCCUCGGUGCCCGCGGCACAGCAGGAUGCCGCAACUGCGUCGACAACGGCAUAUCUUCAGGUCUACCGAAGGCCCUGCUCGCCCAAGCGGCGCCGCUGGAAUCCCAUUUCACGAUCGCGGCGGCGCUCGCGGCGUCAGACGCGCCCUACACCUCGAAGCGGGACGACGUCCUCAAGGUGUUGAUGGUCGUGUCCUUCGAAAUCCUGACGGGCUGCCUGUCGGCCUACCCGACCGCCGACUUCGUCCCACAUCUCCUAAAAGGCAAGCGGGUCUGGCCGACGCUCGCCGGCACCUUCGAGGCGUCCGGCGACGACGUGCUCCUUGCGAUAGAUGACGCCCCGGCGCUGCGCGAGGCGCUCUUCGCGGACAAGAAGGCGGACGUCGCCUCUGCCAUCGCCAUCGUGGAGCCGGAUGUCGCGAAACCGGAUCCCGUAGAUUUGACCAUGCUCGGCAUUCCAAGGGACCAGCAGGAGUCCUGGCUGGCGGAGCGCCUCGACGCGGCGCGGCGCGAGGGCGUGGUCAUCCCGCCGGUCGCAGCCAAACGGCAGACGGCCGGGGAACGGCUGCUCGCCGAAUUUGAUGCGCUUAGCGCCUCGGCCCGGCCCCUCCUCGCGCAACUGGGCGUGCGGCCGCUCUCGCAGCUCGUCGAUACGAAGACGUAUCCUGAGGGCGUGCGGUUCGCGCGCCACCAAUUGCACGACGAACUCGCGUCGCUGUUGCCGCACGCGCAACGCUGGCUGCGGUCGGAGCUGCCAGCGGCCUACGAGGUAAACGGCGCUGUGUGGGCGAGGACGGUGGCCGGGCUCCGCGCGUGCGUCUGCGACGAGCUCGAGGUCGUCCAUUCAGUGGCCGGUCGAGUCGUUCGAGUUCCGAAGGCGGCGUUUAUCAACGAUGGGUCGACCCUGUACGUCGCCAAGACGACGCUCGAGGAUGACGAUUAUGAUGCGAUACUCUCGGCGGUGUCCGAACUCCUCUGCGGCCCGGGCGAUCGGGCGACGGAGCUCACCGACUUCCUUGUUCUGGCUAAGUCUUCGGGCGAACGCCUCUUCGAGCGCCGGGGCAUCGCGCCUUUGCCUUCGGACGAGACGCCGUGGCAAGCGGCAGGCAUCGAGGCGGCCAUGGCGCACGACGCGCCGAUAGGACCCCCGGCUAUUCAGGACGACGACGACGACGACGACGAAUCCGAAGAAUCCGAGGAGGAGGCGGCACCCGCGCCUGCUAAGGCGCCGCGGAAGAAGAGGGAGGACACGACGCCGGGCGCCUGCUGGCCUCCGACGGCGGCACAGGCCGCCCAGCGCUGGCCACCGGCCCAACCAUCGGCGGAGCCGGAGCCGGUGGAGCGACGCGACGCGACCAAAGAAGCGGCUUCCGCGUCACGAUGCGACCCGCGCGUCGCGCCCAGCAGUCCGCCGCCGGUCCCGCCGGAGGCUCCCGCCGCGUCGGAUGGCGACUGGUUUGACGGCGUCGAGAACGACGCGGCGGCCGUCGCUGAGGAGGAUAUUUCGCCCGCGCCGCCCAUGCCGCCCGCGCCGCCCGUCGCUGAAGCUCCGGAGCAGGACGUUGACGCCGCGCGACUCGUUGGUGAACUCCAUGCGGCGUUCCUGGCGCGCGACGCCGCGGCCGAGCUGGCUGCCUUGCAGGAACUUCUCGCUCGCCCGGCGGGCCCCGGAGACGCGGCACUUUCGGAGUUUGUCUGGCCGGUGCUGUCGGCCGCUCGAGACCACGACGGUGGGGCACCUAAGGUCUUGCGCUCCAGCGGCCCGGCAGCCGACGCUUACGCGAUGGCGCGCGGGCGCUGGGGACCAAGCUAUGGGACCGGUUGGGUUUGGUUCUGGCGGCGGCGGCGGCGGCGGUGGCAACGGUGGCGGUAGCGGCGGGCGCCCGCUCGAUCUCGUGGCCUUCCUGGCCUCGGCGGAUCUCGCGCACCACGCCGAGCGGCUGCGGGCCGAAGACAUCGAGAGCCUGGACGACCUCGCUCUUCUGAACAGCGAGGAUAUCGAGGCCUGUGGUAUCCCUGCGGCCGACGCGGCCCGAAUCGAGGCCGCGCUCGCCGCUUUACACCUAGGUGGUGGCGGCGGCGGUACCGGCGGUGGAGGCGGCGCCGGCGCGGUCUCGAGUGCCGACGGCGCCACCGGGUCGGGUCCAUUUGUGCCGCGGCGGAGCUCCGAGUUGGCGUCAUUCCUCGCGAGCGAGAGACCAGUCUCGCCGGAGGACGCGACCGAAUUCUCUCGAUACCUGCCGCGCGGCGACCCGACGGCUGCGCAGCAGCAGCUUGGCCGGGCGGGCGAAGCGUUGGCGGCCGCGUACCUACGGCGCGCUGCCGAGCGCGGAGAGCUCGCGGACUCCGUGGGGCCCGGUUCGUGGUUGGUUAUAUGGCGGAACAUGGGCGAAGAGCGAGGGGAGCCGUGGGACAUCUUGCUCAAGGGGUCGAGCGGCGACGACGCCUGGGUCGAGGUCAAGACUACCAUGGUCGACGACGAGCACAAGCCCAUGGAGGUCUCCCUGAAUCAUUUGGACUUCGCGCGGGUGCAUCCCGGAUCGUACUUUAUUCUGCGCGUCUUCGCGGCACCGGCCGGCGGCUCCUUCGAGGCGCGCCGCGUCGCUCUCUACGGACGCGUCGCGGCGGCCAUCGAGACCAAGGCCAUCUCGCUGCUGCUCAAGAUGUAG